AUGAAUCAGCAGUUAGUUAAUGCUUCACGAGAAGGAGAUAUUGAUACUUUAUAUUCACUAAUUCGCAAAGAUCCGUGUCUUUUGGAGCAUGUCGACGCCAUUCCAUACGUAAACUCCCCUCUGCAUGUUGCUGCAUCUUCCGGCCGGAUUGAAUUUGCCACGGAAAUAAUGAGAUUAAAGCCUUCGCUUUCAAGAAAGCUUAACGGAGAUGGGUUUAGCCCCAUUCACCUUGCUCUGCAAAAUAGGCAUACUCAGGUGGUUCUUGGGCUAUUAGAGAUUGACGGUGAGCUUGUCUGUGUCAAAGGAAGAGAAGGCAUAACUCCUUUGCAUUAUGCAGCUUCAUUAGGAAACAUGGAGCUUCUGCCUAAGUUUUUAUCAGUUUGUCCGAAAUCCAUACAAGAUUUGACUGUCAGAAAUGAGACAGCUCUGCAUAUUGCUCUUAGAAAUAACAGGAGUGAAGCUUUUGAAUUCUUGCUGAAAUGGGUCUGCCAUGCAAGAGUCCUCAAUCAACAGGAUGUGGAAGGAAAUACAUUAUUGCACAUUGCAACAAUCAGAAACCAUACCCAUUUUGUGAGAUUGUUACUGAUAACGUAG